GUUAGACGUUUCUACUUAACUAAUGUUAUCGACAUUAGUCCAAGUCGCCAUAGACCUUUUAUCGUUUGGGCAUUGAACACUCAAGUCUUCUGUGUACAAAUCAGAUAUAUUAUAUUAUGAUGAUAUCCGUGCAAGUAAUUUUCGUUUCAAGUGUACUGCUAUCGGCAUUUUAUGGUACCAGUGAUUGUGAACAGAGUCACGUUAAUUUAGAGAAAUGGGACAUUGCUGUUUUUUUCACAUCUGAUCUACGGCCGAACUGUGUGCUGUAUGAUGGAGAUAAUACGUGGCUUGGUGAGGGCGUACUGGUUAAAAAAAUGUCAACUGAGAUUACCCACAACGGUUUAACAAAUUAAAUAACAUUUGAGCUAUCACCCGAGUUACGAGGAAUUCAAAAAAAGAGUCAAUCAAAAUGGAACGUUUUCGACUAUAGAUUCAUUUCUAAUACACGAUACUGUUACAAAUGACGAAUUAUUCGCAUCUUUUCCCCCUAUAAACUAGUAAUGCUAUCUUACACUAUCUAUUCUACAUUAUUAUAUGCACUUUAAUAUUCUAUACGUAUUUAACUAUUAUUCAUUAAUGUUGUAUAAAUGUAAUACAAAUUGAUAAACCACAAUUAUUACCAAACUACUAUUAUCAGAGAUCAUAAAAUUUGUUUAAUAUCCCAAUUAAUAUUGCUUUAAUAAAACAAUGCAUUAUCU